AUGUUUAGGGUGAUGCUACUCGACUGGAGAAGGAGGUGGAGGGGGGCAAAUCGGAGGCAACAACAUCCUUUCUUCUGGUUCGUUUUUCUGGUAACCAAGCAUUUUGGCAGGGCUGCGGAGAUCGAUGGGGACAACAACAGUUGUAGGGGUGUUUGUGGAGCUGGAUUGCGACAGAAAGAGGAAGGAAGGGACGGUUCCGGUGGCUGGCAGCCUCUUCCUUGGUCGGUGGUGAAAAAAAACGGGAAGGGGAGAGUGGUCCUAACUCCUAAUCAAUCCAUUUUUUUAUAUAGCUUCCUGGAGAACUUCAUUAAUUUUACAGGUUGUGGAUACAUUGUUAACUUCAGGUUGUGGAUACGGAUUGCUAAUCUCACGGAUUGCUAAUCUCAGGUUGUAUCCUUCUUUGUUGUUACUACAUCUUUUUGAUUUUUAAAUUUUGUUGUGAAGUUUAAAUAUGUUUCCUAGAAAACAACCAUGUGGUGCUCAAAAUAGAAAACGAAAACGAAAAGAACAAGAUCUUACUAAUAAAUUACAAGGAUCUUUAAAUAAGUAUUUUGUUAGAAAUGAAAAUAAUGAUGAAAAUACUAAUGAUGUUGAAACUAAUGAUUUUGUUGAUAAUUCUAAAGGUCCAAUUGAAACUUCUAAUGAACCUAUUGAAAAUUCUAAUGAUCAUGAAAAUAAUGAUUUUGUUGAUAAAUCUAGUGAUAUUAAUAUUUUUGAUCCAAGAGUAUGGGAUAAGUUAAAUUUAAAAAUGAAAGAUUUGCUUGUAGAAAAAUGGCCUAUUAGGGAAAUUGAAAAUAACAAAAUUUUUCCAAAAGAUGCACUAGGUAGACAUUUUUCUUGUGAAUUUUAUAUUCGUAAAUUAAGGAAUGGUGACUCUUAUGAUAGAAAGUGGUUGGUGUAAUCAAAAGAACUUGAUAAAGUGUUUUGUUUUUGUUGUAAGUUAUUUAAAACAGCUAGAUCUAGAAGUAAUUUGGCAACCAAAGGAAUUAAUGAUUGGAAACAUCUUAGUGAAAAAUUAAAUGAACAUGAACAUAGUUCUGAACACAUGAUUAAUUUAAAAACUUGGACACAAACACGACUUAGGUUAAGGAAAAAUGAAACAAUUGAUAAAGAGUUACAAGAAAGAAUAAAAAAAGAUACUCAACAUUGGAAAGAAGUUUUGAUAAGAAUUAUUGCUGUUGUAAAAUGUUUAGCUGAAUAUAAUUUGGCUUUUCGUGGAACUAAUGAAAAAAUAUAUAAGAAAUCUAAUGGUAACUUUUUAGGUGUACUUCAAAUGAUUGCUGAGUUUGAUCCAAUAAUGAAACACCAUUUUCAACUUAUUCAAGAUAAAAAAAGUCACUUUCAUUACCUUAGUCAUAAAAUUCAAAACGAAUUAAUUGAAUUGUUGGCAUCCGAAGUAAAAAGUGCAAUUAUUAUAAAAAUAAAAAAUCAAAAUAUUUUUCGGUAAUUCUUGAUUGCACUCCGGAUGCAAGUCGUAAAGAGCAAAUGACUUUGAUUAUUAGACACAAACUGACGGAUAUCCGUCUUGAGCAUGCUCAGAUAACGGGUCCUCUGAGCCUGCUCGGAAGGAAACUCCGGGCAAAACAUCGUCCUCUCAGUGAACAUACGGGUGAUCUCUGUCACCGACUCCCCAUCUUGUCUCAAACUCAGAAACUCUUGUGACAAACAUUCCCGCUCGACCCGCAGAAUGUAACGGGCGUGAAACAUGUCCCUGAACUGCUCCCAAGUAACAGCAGCUCUCUGAUCAUCAGUGUAACACCCAAAAAUUCAAGCCGAUUUAAAACUUUUAAAAACAUUUCAAACCAUUAAAAAUCAUUACAACUUUGUUUUCAAAAUGUAUAAUAUCAGAGUUUUCCCAUAAACAUAAACAAAACAUGAGAGGCUGUACGAUCACGCCUUCGCCUUGCCGCGAUCCUUGAUGUACCUGAAACAAUAAACUGAAACUGUAAGCCCGAGAGCUUAGUGAGUUUUCCAAAAUACCCAUACCUGCAACAAUACACAUAUAAUCAUAAACAACAUACUAUGGGUCCAGUCAACCAUCGGGUUGGAAUACCCCAGGCCCUCAACCUUCCGGUUGGAAUGCCAACAUACUAUGGGUCCAAUCAUCCUCGGGAUGGUAUACCCCAGGCCCACAACCAACAGGUUGGAAUGCCCACAUACUAUGAGUGCAGUCAUCCUCGGGAUGGAAUAUUCACGGCCCACAACCAACAGGUUGGAAUGCCCAGGUCUAUUGGCUUUCACACAAAGCAGAUAAGCCUCAACCGCCAAACAAACAUGUGCACAUAUAACAAAUAAUCACAUAAUAGUCUAUAGACAAUACUUGAUCUAACGGAUCAUACCACAUAGCACAUAACACCAUCGCAUCUACCAGGAUGCCGAUCUAACAGAUCAUACCACAUAUCAUAUAAUGUUAUCCUACCCUCUAGGAUACCGAUCUAACAGAUCAUACUAGCAUAACAUAACCAUAUAACAAUCCAAAGGGUCGGCUUUGGUGCCUUAGACCCUUGAGUAUAGUGAGGAUAACUCACCUCGCAAGUAGCUCGGAAGGUAGUGUUAAACUCUUCCAAAAGUAGCUCCAACUCCCACACCUAUAUUCACCAAUGUCCUUUGCUAUCAAUAUUCAAUUUACCAAAAUACCCUCAGAAGCCAACUGGUCAACCCUUGGUCAAAGUCAAAGUCCACAGUCAAAGUCAAUAGUCCAUGUUGACUCGACUCGUCGAGUGUAGUUCACCAACUCGCCGAGUCCUUCCUAAACUCGAGAAGUCGUGAAAUCCUUGGUUGACUCGUCGAGUUUCCCUUUAACUCGCCGAGUUCAUACGUGUCCAAAGAUUGGGAAAAAUCCUAGCCGACUCGUCGAGUCAUUCGACUGACUCGCCGAGCCCAAGGCAAUCUUCAUCGGACUCGCCGAGUUGUUCAUUAACUCGACGAGUUCAUAACCAUCUUCAUAUGACUCGCCGAGUCGACCUUGCGACUCGUCGAGUCCCUUCAAUCCCUCAUCCAUACAGACGCUUUUUAAGCCAUGCUAAGGCUCCAUAUUAUAGAUCCAGCUUCCCAAGGCAUGUUCAUCACGUAAAGUUGCAAACUUUACGUGCAUGCAAGGUGAUAAUGACCUAAAACAAGCUAAAGAAGGGGUUCUAGGCAAAAGAGCUCCACCAACAUGCUAAAGACUGAGACUUUAUGAUGAUAAGGGCCAAGAUGAGCCUGGAUCUGAAGUUGCAACUUCAGAUCUUGGUUCAUCACUCGAAAUGCAACACCAAAUGCCCAAAAUGGUCCCAAAACUCAAUAUAGAAAGGGGUUUAACUAGAAGAAGCUCAAGGUGAUGACUUGAUACCUCCAAAUGGUGAUAAGCUGAUGUAGACUUUAGAUCCCCAGUUGUUCCUUGCUCAAAGCUUCUUGGUCUUCAAACCUUUCCUCACCAAAAUCCCUUUUCCAAGCUAAGAAGUACACCAAUAUAGAGAACAACACGAAUUAGGGUUUCUGAAUUCGAGGGGAGCAGUAAGAGAGGCUAAGGGGGGAUAAGUGAUCCUUAAAUAGGGUGCAAAACCCCAAACUUUAGGGUUUCAUCUGCCAGCUCCUACUCGUCGAGUCCUUUAUUGGACUCGGCGAGUAGGUCACUAAAACACGCGAACCAACCCGCUGUUACUCGACGAGCAGGGCAACCAACUCGUCGAGUAGACCUUGAAAACAAGAAAAUUCUUAUAUUAAUUCAAUACCUGAGAAUCGGGGCGUUACAGUUUCAGUUGGUGUUAUGAUGAUAAUUUGGUAUUAAAACAUUAUAUUUCACUGUCAUUUUAUGUUUAUGUAAGUAUCCUAGGCAUCUAUGGUUGUACAAUAAGUUUUGGAUGAUUUUUGAGCUUCCAUGGAAUUCAUGAGAGUUUGAUCUUAAUGUCAAAAUGAUGAUUAUGAUUCCAAUUUCAUAUGAAAAUUAUAUUCCAUGUGUUUUAGGUUCUAAUCUUGUUAGUUGAAGUUUAAGCAAACUCAAAUACAUUUAGUAGCCAUUAAACUCAUGUAACGUCACAAAAUAUCAAGGUAAAAUUUUCAUUUUUAAAACAACCAGAACACCCAUUUAUCAUUUACUCAAACACUUAAAGGUAUUUUAUAAUAAAAACAGUUAUCAGAGUACAAUCCAAAAAUCACAAGGUUGCGGAAAAUAUGGGUGUAUGUGUUGCGAUCAAGCCGGACCAUUUCCUUUCGAACUGGAAGUACCUGAAACCAUAAACAACAACUAUAAGCACAAAGCUCAGUGAGUUUCCCCAAAAUACCACAUACCAUACACAUCAUACAUAUCAUACUUAUCAUACAUGCAAUAGAAGGUGCUAUGUGCCAACCAUAGUCUUGUUAUUAUUUCACGAUCCGUAUCAUGGUCUUCCCUUGCUAGGCCGGGGGGCAAAACCCUGGGUCUUAUAGAAAAGUGCAAGGAGCCACCUCCUGGUCUUCCAUGCAAGCAUCACAAAGACAACUAUCAUACAAUCUAUAACUAACUACCUACUUAGCUGCCAAGGUCUAAACCCUGGUCUUGCAUACAGAUUUGACAGGAGCCACCUCCGGGUCUUUCAUAUAAAUGCCAAGGGCCACCCCUGGUCUUCCAAUAACAUAAGCCAAAUGGGCCGGCAUUGGUGCCUUCAACCCAUAGAACAGUUGAAACCACAGAUAAAUCGCUGACUGCAAAUCCGCUAAAAUCUACGUGCUAUCAAAUACCAAAAUGACAUCCAAUUAAUAAUCGGGUCAUGACACAGACUAAGAGUCCAAAUUAGGGUAAAAGACAUUUUUACCCUUCCUCUGACUUGGCCCAAGGCCAAGGCCCAAUCCAAUUUACCAAAAAGCCCAAAAUCUAAAAUAAUAAUCCAAAGCCCAAUUAUGGCCCAAUUUUCCAAAUUGGGCCCAAUCCUUUCCAUGAUCCUUCACCCAAGAGUGUCCCAUAAAUUCUCAAUAGCCCAACUAUAAAAUUCUGAUGGCCCAACAUGGCCCAAAACCAAGCCCAUCCUACUCCAAAGCUGAAGCCCAAAACAACGAAACCCAAGCCUGCUGAGUACGCGGGGCGUACUCAGCUUGUACGCUCAGCGUACUGCUUAAAGGGAUUGUACGCGAUGCAUACAGGCUUAUACUCCCCCGCGUACUCACCAACUUUGGCCAACUUUCCAAAUUAGCUCUUAAUCUAUUAAGACUUCGAUCCAAACCCAAAUUUGACUUCCUUAAGGUGGUUAAUCACAUAAAGUUGACAACUUUAUGUGCAUGCAUGGCUUAAUGGGGCUCUAGAGCUCAAAAGGAGCUUAAUAAAUGACUUAAUACUUUCAUGAGACCAAAACCACCAUAAAUUUUACACCUUUAUGCCUAAGGAACCCUUAAUAUGUCCAUAUCUAUAAAGCUAAGCUCCAAAAACGGCCUUCACACCCAAUCACCAACCAAAAUGACCAAAAACAUGCCAAGGAGUAGAUCUAUAAAAUGAAAUGUCAAGGUUUGAACUUUUUACCUCACAAGCCACCAAAAGGAGGUGCUAAAACUGGAUCUUCAAGCCCUCCUCCAAAGAAUGAGUCUUCAAGCUUCUUCUUUCCCCUCAAGAUGUACAAAAUCCUCCACAAAAGCUUCAUAAGAGCUCAAAAGCACCAAACCAUGGCUAAGGAACGAAAUAGUGUUUUCAAGGGUGAGGAGGUUGGUUAAACAAGGCAACAAAAGGCUAAAUUAUAGCUUAAAUAGGGUACAACCCACAAAUUUAGGGUUUCAUGAUGAAGGAAGUACGCCCCGGCGUACUCAAAAAGGACCCGCGGCCAUUAAUCCCACUACGCCGUGCGUCCUUGGUGAGUACACCCCGCGUACUCGACCAAGCUCCAAAAUACUUGAACUUCAUUUGGCCCUAACUCCUUCGUCCUACGUUCAUUUCCAGCAAACUUUAUAUCUACGGAAAGGCGACGAGAAGCCCUAUACUUCUAUCAACUCACCAUCACCUUAAAACUUACCGAACAAAGACCCAAAAUUCAUAAAGGCCCGAACUGCCAAAAUUAUGAUUAUACCCUUGGGCUUCGAAACACAAUCGAACACUCGGAUUACUUCAUCUAUAACUCCCACAUCCAAAAAGGGCCAAAUAACCUUUUUCCCUAAGGCCCUAAGCCUUAUGAUAACCGAUAAUCGGGUCACGACCCCGAAUAUUGAAACGAUUUGAAACCGAGUGUUACAACUUAAUUUGGAACAGUUAGGAUUGAAUUUGAUAAGUUUUUAGUCGAUGUUUUGGGUGAAACAUACAGGUCACAUGUAUGUGUGACUAUCCUAUUGUUCCCAACAAGGUUAUAUGGGGCUUCUAUCCAAAAUUUCCUUGUUUUCAUAAUUAUACCAAUCGACAUCUGAAUCUACUAUAGUAUUCUCUUAUUCCUUUAUAUAAGUUAUAAAAAAUAUGUUUAGUAAGAUUUAUGGUUAAUAGAUAACUACCAAAAUAAUUAGCAACUAAUUAGAAACUAAAUUACUUAAUAUACCUAUAAUUAGCUGAGGAUUAAGGUCUAGGAUCACUUAUGAGUUAUUACUCUUUAUCAUUUGGUUUAUUAAAAGAUUAAACCUUUAUUUGAGUUUAUGGUUUCAUAAACCCUUUUGGAUAUUGGUUAUGGAUUAUAAACAUUUUAUUUGGAAUUAUGGAUUAUUAAACCUCUUUAUUUUGGGAUUGUGAAAUAUUAAUUCCCUUGCUAUAUGUUGUGGGUUUGUAAUUAAGCCCUUAAUAUUGGAUUUGGUUAUUGGCUUCUUUGAAUAGAAAUUAUGAGUUUAUUAAAUUUUUUGGGUUUUCCUUCAUAGUUUUUAUAUCCUUGUUUGUGAAUAUGAGUUUAUAUAUUAUUUCUCUUGGCUAUUUGAGUCUUACUACUCUAUUCUUUGGUUUAACAAUGUUUUUAGAAAUUAUUAGGUUUAUAUUACUUUUGGGAGUUGGUUGAGUAUGACGAUUUUCAUUAUCUGUAACGCCCGCUUUUUUUCAUUAAUCAAGUCGUAGAAGAUUCUUUAGUUACGCUAGCUAAUAAUGUAAAUUUUCUUAUAAUUAAAUAAAUAAGAAUUCGUAAUACGUGUGUGUUUAUAUAAAUGUUAUUUGUAUAUAAAUAAUAUUUAAAUUACUUUUAUAAAAGAAUGAAAUAAUCUAUAUUAAAGUUGUAGUUGUGAAUACUAACUCGUGAGUAUAAAGAUCGUCAAAAUCUGAGCUCGUAUGCGAAAGUUACAAUUAUCAAAAGAAAACGAGAAUCAGUAUAGUCUACUCGUUGUUUAUAGUGAUCCCCGAAGCAGUAUAGUCUACUCAUUGCUUAUAGUGAUCCGUCAGGUUAGAUCUCAAUGGAUCAUUGUUAUAGGAUCAGUAUGUGAGAAUUGACAGGUUGGGUAACUAGUGGUGCAUUAUCAUGGGGAUAUAUCAUAUAUGUAUUGUUUGAUAACGUUUGUGUUUGCAGGAUUAUAUUUGAAUAUGAUUUAUUAUCAUUAUAAUAUUGUGGGAUUGAAAACCCAAUAUGUCUCAUCAGGUUCCCAAACCUAACCUACUCAAAUUAUAUGCAUUACAGGUAGCGGUACUAAAGUCGUUGGAACUUGAAUAGGAAUGUUGAGUGAAUAAGAGACAACUUAUAAUAGUAUUCGGGACAAAUAUGUCUUUAUAUUGUAACAUAUGUUGUGUAUUUAUUAUGACA